AUGUUGGCCAAGAGCGUCAAACUCGCUUCUUCACGCCAAUUCCUUAUUCGCAAUUUAUUUUAUAGUACGACGAAUUCGUCAAACGAAUGCUAUCUAGAAAGACUUCAAGGAAAAGAUGAAGGAAUCUCAUUAAUUCAUAUGAACCGAGCCGCCCGUAAAAACUCGCUAGGAAAGACAUUUAUGAAGCAAUUUCGGCAAAUUCUCGACGAUGUCAAAUUCGACAACAAGACGAGAGUGAUAAUAUUGAAAAGUGCGGUGCCGGGAACGUUUUGCACAGGAGCCGAUUUGAAGGAGCGAAAAGAGAUGGCGGUGGACGAGGUGCCGAAAUUUGUCGACUCGUUGAGAAAUUCCUUCACCGAUCUUGAGAAGCUUCCGCAGCCAGUGAUCGCCGCAAUCGAUGGUUUCGCACUUGGUGGCGGUCUCGAAUUGGCGCUGGCGUGUGAUAUUCGUGUUGCCUCGAAAACAUCGAAAUUGGGACUCGUCGAGACGAAAUGGGCACUGAUUCCCGGCGCCGGCGGUUCGCAGCGAUUAUCGCGCGUCAUCGGACCCGCGAAAGCGAAAGAAUUGAUAUUCACCGCCGAGAUAUUCGAUGGCGAACAGGCGGCGCAACUCGGUGUCGUGAAUCAUGUUGCUGAUGAUUCGCUGGGAAAGUCACUCGAAAUUGCGAGGAAGAUUAUUCCAAGGGGACCAAUUGCUGUGAGAAUGGCGAAAUUGGCGAUAAAUUUGGGAUCGCAAACCGAUAUAAAUAGCGCUCUGACGGUCGAGCAACAAUGCUAUGCGCAGAUUGUGCCGACGAAGGAUCGAAUUGAGGGUUUGAAGGCGUUCGCCGAGAAACGCGAGCCGAUUUACAAAGGCGAAUAA